GUAGAUUCCUCUGAAACCUAACGUUGAACCGAUCUAUACCAAUACAAAUAUAAGGGCAAAGAAAAGCAGACAAGGUAGAGAAUGGCCCAGCUUGAGUCUCGCAAACACAUCUCCCCAGAUUCUGGGUAUCCAAUCACCCUUCAUCCUAUCUUUAACCCCAAGAUCUCUAGCCAUGUCCCUCCUGAUGCGAUUCACGAGCUCCGUGACCCGCCCAAGGACCGGGCAUUGUUCGCUGAUCCUGAAAAAAAGGCACUCUUCUCCGUCGCAAAACGAGUCGAUCUCACCGAAAGCAUUGGUACUGUGUUAGAGAAUAUACAAUUAUCCCAGCUGACUAGGCAACAACUCGAUGAAUUGGCCCUCUUGGUGACGGAACGUGGGGUUAUUUUUUUCCGGGACCAGGAUUUGACAACCGAUGGUCAAGUGGACUUGUUUCAGCAUUACGGCAUUUUGGAUAAGCAUCCUGCCCAGAAGGAUCAAAAGUUUGUUACCAUUAAAGGAAGCCGGGAAGAUCAUCGCGAGAUUGCGACAUUUACCCCCUGGCCCAGUGGCGAGUUCCAUGCCGAUACUUCCUUCGAGAUCAACCCUCCUUCCUAUUCAAUGCUUCGAAUGGAGGAGCAUCCUGAUCUUGGCGGUGACACUGCUUGGGUCUCACAAUAUGGCCUCUAUGAUGCUUUGAGCGACGCCUACAAGAAGUUCUUGGAUGGCCUACAUGCAGUUCAUACUUCUCGCUUACAAUAUGACACGAUUUUGGACCUCUGGGGUGUCGGACCCAACCGCCCUCCUAUCGAUACUCAUCAUCCUGCCGUCCGUACGCACCCUGUCACGGGGCUAAAAGCAUUGAAUGUAAAUCCGGGUUUCGUAACGGGUUUUGCAGAGCUUAAAAAACUUGAAUCUGACAAAAACUUGGAUUUCUUAUCCCACCAUAUCCAUGCCGCAGAUGACCACUACGUGCGAUGGAAAUGGGGGGUGGGUAGCGUCGCUAUGUGGGAUAAUCGAUGCACUGCGCACCGUGUAAUUCCAGGGUCAUAUGAAGCAACUCGGCAUGGAGUUCGCACUACCGUAUUUGGAGAGAAACCAUAUUUCGAUCCUGCAAGCGAGGGCCGCCUACAACGACAAUUGAGACUCAGAAACAUAAGAGAAGAGGAAGGUCAAGACCAUUUCAAUAUCGAUGCCAAGAAACCAAAUUCAAAUCUUGUGUAGUUUUAUCAUUUCAUUUGUCGUUCAGAUUUAUUGUCUGUAUUGAAUAUUGAAGUAACUGGGGCAGCAAAUAUAAGUAGUUGCUGUUCGCCGUAAAACCAUACAUAUUCUGUCUCGCAAGCUCAGAAUUUUAUAUAAAACUUUAGUUAUUGUAAAUUAUAAACCAGCAUGCGCGCUUAAAUGAAUAGCAAUCACUAGUCUAUCAGCACUCUUAACCGUAGAACGAGCUCAAUGUAAGGCAUGAACAAGAUGCUAGUGUAGGUGAUAUUCCGAUUUCGGAUAGUUAUCACAAGACUUAACCAUAGCUGAUUCAAAGACGAAUUCAAAGAUAGGCAUUUGCACCAUGGACAAAAGUUGGCAUAACUGUGUGAUUU